AUGGCGUUUGGGUUAGGUGAGAGACUAACUUGUCAUAAAUGCAACAGCUCGUUUAAGAAUGAAUGUAAUCUGGCAAAGCAUAUUAAGUACGAAUGUGGAAAAGAAGCAAGGUUCUUUUGCGACCAUUGUUCGACCAAAAGCAAAAGACGCUAUGACAUUAAAAUGCAUAUGUUCAAGCAACAUGGAGUUCCAUUCAAAAAAGAAAAGAAAAAUGGUGAUAGACUAACCUGUCACAAAUGUCACAAAUCUUUGAAGAAUAAAAUGACUCUGAGAAAGCACGUCAAAUACCAAUGUGGAAAAGAAGCCACGUACUUUUGCAACUACUGUCCGCUCAAAAGCAAAAGACAUUACGAUCUUAAAAUGCACAUAUACAACAAACAUGCUGCUAGUGUAUUGAAAAAGAAAAAGGAUGCUUAA